CCACCGUAUGUGAUGCAGUAAUCAACAUGGCUGCGCCCUUAGAUAAACUUUUCACACGUGAAUUAGAGCGAAAUGACGACGAGGUAGUGAAAAUAAGCCAGUCAGAAAUCGGCGAUGUAGGUUGUGUGGUUUGGGACGCAGCUAUCGUUCUCAGUAAAUAUUUAGAAACCAGUGACUUUGACGGUGGCAAAUCGUGGAUGGGAAAGAAAGUCGUGGAACUUGGUGCGGGGACUGGAGUUGUCGGAAUAUUUGCAGCAAGUUAUGGAGCUGAUGUGAUAAUCACAGAUCUGCCUGAGUUUGUCCCUCUGAUGGAAUUGAACAUCAAGGAGAACUCUCACAUCAUCAGUGGAUCAGCAGAGGCAUGUAGUCUUACAUGGGGUCAAGACAGGUCAACAAAGUUUGACCACAUUGAUUUCAUCAUCAUUGCAGAUUGCAUUUAUUAUGAUGAGUCACUGGAGCCCCUGGUGUCAACUAUCACAGAGCUGAGUGACAUGGCCACUACAGUGUUGUGUUGCUAUGAGCAGAGGGAUACGGGCAAUAAGCCACAGCUGGAGAAAAAAUUCUUCCAGGUGUGUAUCCAAACUAUGCAAGGUUGAUAAAACAG